UCCUUCAGGCAUCCGAACAAGUCUGGACUGUUCUGCUGCCGCUUGUGUGCAGCUAAGACAGGCAGCCUCGGGAAUCAGAAACUGCGUUUUACAGUCUCCUGCAGGGAUGCAGCGACAGGAGCUCGGUUACUGAGCUUACAGUGGAUGAUCGUGAGGUUGUCUUGUGCUUUAUCUUGUUUUUAAAGCUGUGACACUGCACACGGGUGACUGGGAGUACUACUGUGUGUCCAGACCACUGCACGGAGAGCGAGGGCUGGAUAUGCCACAGGUGGAAAGGUGAGGAGCGGCAGGCUGUGGCCCCGGUGCACGGAGCAGAGAUCCCCAGGUUGUGAAGAUGAGGAGCUGGUUUUUCACUGUGACUGUCCUGCUGUCCUCCAUGAAACGGACUGAAGCUCAGGAGCCCAACGUGACGUCUUCAGAUGGCAGGUGUAAUAAUGUGCAAGCAGCAGAUAUUGUUUUCCUGGUCGAUGGGUCCUCCAGUAUUGGCCGAGCUAACUUCCUGCAGGUGAAGGGCUUUAUGGCUGGAAUCAUCAAGCCGUUUGCCGGCUCUGUCAGCGAGUCAGGGAUACGCUUUGGGGCCAUACAAUACAGUGACACCUCCAGAGUGGAAUUCACAUUUACUACCUACCUGGUUGGCACCGAGGUCGUCAACGCUGUAGAGAAUCUGAACUAUAAGGGUGGAAACACACGCACUGGUGCUGGUCUCAAAUUUGUCGCUGAUAACUUCUUCAACCCUGUGUCCAGUCGAGAUGUUCCAAAGAUCACUAUCCUGAUCACAGAUGGGAAGUCCCAGGACGGCGUGCAGGAACCAGCACAGAAGCUGCGCAGCCAAGGAGUGCAUGUUUUUGCGGUUGGUAUAAAGAGUGCAGACAGGAAUGAGUUGGCCCAGAUCUCCUCCCAGCCCAGCAGUGAUUUCACCUCCUUUGUUGGGGACUUCAAACUGCUUAACACACUUCUUCCUCUAGUGAGCCAGCGAGUGUGUUCCAAAGCAGGAGGAGUCUACGUUAGUGAUGAGGCAUUUUCUGGUCCAGCCAACCUCCAGUUCACAGGCCAGACGUCUGAUACUCUCAGGUUUCGCUGGAAUGCAGCAGGGGGGCCUGUGAGUGGCUAUGUGGUCCAGUAUGUGCCACUCUCUGGCCUGGGUCAGCCCAUCACAGCAGAACUACGUCAGGAGACUGUCUCUGCCAGUCAGAGGACCUAUACCGCACGAGAGCUAAGGUCAGGAACUGACUACCUGGUGACUGUCAUCGCCCAAUACCCCAACAGUGUGGGGGAGUCUAUUUCUGCCAAGCAACGAACCAGGUCUCUGCCAGGGGUGACCAGUCUACGCCUGAUAGAGGCAGGGUUCUUUUCUCUCUCUGUGGGUUGGGACCAACCUUCGUCUCCUGUACAAGGCUACAGACUCACCUAUGGACCGCGAGGUCAGCCAGCAGCCCAGCUGUUGGUGCAGGCUCUGUCUGCAGACUCCACAUCUGUCACCUUGGAGUCCCUUCAGCCCGAUACGGAGUACGUCAUCAGCCUCUACCCCUUAUUCCCCCGAAACUCUGCAUCCCCGUCCAUCCUCAACGCUCGCACAUUGCGCCUUGAGUCAGUGCAGCAGUUAACAGUGGAGACUGAGUCAGAGGGCAGCGUUCGUGUGCGGUGGGGAGGCGUCAGUGGUGUGCGGGCCUACCGUCUGGUCUGGGGACCAUUUACAGGUCGAAAUGUGGAGACGGUGGAGGUUGCUGGUGGCAGUGAGUUUUACACUUUGUCCGGACUGCAGCCCGACACUGAGUACAUCGUCACCAUCAUCCCGCUGUAUGAGGGCAACACCGAGGGCCCUGUAGCAACCGCCAGGUUCAAGAUAGAGCGUCAGGAGCAGCAGGUCCUCAGAGCAGCUACCACCGGCCCCUCCUCUAUUCGUCUCACCUGGAGAAUUAUCCCAUCCUCUCGAGGGUACCGCCUAGAGUGGAGGGCGGGGGAAGGAGGACGUGUCGAGACCCUGACCUUUCCUACAACCACUUCCAGCCAUGAGCUAACAGGCCUUCAGCCCAACACAGAAUAUAUCAUCAAGCUGUACACGCUGUUCGAAGGUCGUGAGGAAGCCACACCUGUCUCCACCACAUCCAGAGAGGAACAGCCAGUGGGGAAAGUGUCCAACCUGAGAGUGGUGGAGUCUCUGGGCAGCACCGUCAGACUUGGCUGGACAGGUGUAGCCGGGGCCACACAGUACCGCAUCAUUAUCCAGAACACAGACGCGGGAACAGAGGAAAUACGGAAUAUCCCUGGAAACCAGACGACCCUUGACCUCAGAGACUUGUCAGUGGGAGUGUCUUAUGGAGUCAGUGUCACAGCGCUGGUUGGAGAAAAUGAAGGAGACCCAGUUACUGUCUACAUCAAACCAGAGCAAGGUCCUGGCAGAGUGACGAACCUCAGAGUGACAAACGCAAACAGUCGGAGAAUUCGAAUUGCCUGGGCAGGUGUUACUGGGUCGACAGGUUACAGGGUUACUUGGAGACAAGGCAACAAUCCAGAGCAGUCUCGUCUUCUGGGGGCGGAGGCUACAUCCUUCACCAUAGACGGCCUGCAGCCAGAUGAGGCGAUAGUAAUUGGUGUUGCAUCUGUGGUUGAUCAACGCGUUGGAGACGUGGUCACACUGUCCAGUCGGACUAAUCCCCACGGUGGAUCAGUGUCUGGCCUUCGCAUCGUUGACGUCACGUCUCAGAAGAUACGCAUUGCAUGGUCACCUUCCACUAGGGCAACUGGCUAUAAGAUCACUUGGCGUCGUGAAGAUGGAGUUGAAACAACGCGUAACGUGGCCGCCAACGUCAAUUCCUUCACCAUUGAUGGACUACAGUCAGAUUACGCCUACGCUGUGUUAGUUUCUUCACUUAUUGGCUCUCGAGAAGGAAGUCCUACCACUCUGAACAUCAGGACAGAGUCAGAUCAGACUGUGGUAGGGACUGUGACGUCACUGCAAGUCCAGGAGGCCCGUGGAGAGGUUGUCCGAGUCACUUGGGUUGGUGUCCAAGGAGCAACAGCGUAUCGGGUGUCUUGGAGGAGAACAGACGGUGGUGAAGAGAGGAGUCAGGUGGUGGACGGAGAUGUGACAGCAGUGGAUUUGGAGCAGUUGGAUCCCGGAGCUCAGUAUGAGGUGCAGGUCAUGGCUUUAGUUCAAAACAGAGAGGGAUCCCCUGUGUCUGUCAGAGUCACCACACCUGGUGCCUACACCCCCCCUCCGACAGUAACUGCCACAACUUUACGAGUGGCGGAGGUUACCCGGGAUUCUGUGCGGCUUGGCUGGACUCCACUACCAGGUGCCACAGGAUAUAUUCUGCGCUGGAGAGACGAGACAGAUACUGGUAUAGGCUUGUCUGUUACGCUCCCUGCUGCGUCCAGCUCUUACCAGGUGACUGGGCUGCGUUUGGGUCGUCGUUAUCGCUUCACCAUUCAGCCCACUUUUGUCAGUGGAUUGGGAACAGAGACCUCUGUAGAUGAGCACACUGUGUGUGUGGGCGGGCGUUUGGACGUGGUGUUUGUGGUGCCAGCAUCGACCGAUCGGAUUAGAUUUGCAAGACCUCUGCGUGAACUCCUCACAAGUGCAGCACGGUCGCUCAACACUAUCGGACCCCGUGACUCACAGAUGGGAGUUGUUGUAUACGGUUACAGACCCAAAAUAUGGUUCCUGCUUAAUCGCCAUGGCAGGUCUGACACACUUCUUCAAGAAAUCCAGUCCACCCCCUUUGAUGAAAGCCCCGGGAAUAACAUUGGUGAGGCGGUGAGAUACACCAGGCAGUAUCUUCUGACCCCCUCAGCGGGACGGAGACCGAGGGUCCCUGGUGCUGUCGUCAUCAUUGCUGACAAAAAAUCAGCUGACAACCUGACUUUGGCAGCCAGCAGUCUCAAGGCUUCAGGUGUGACAGUGUUAGCAGUGGGUAUAGACCAGGCGGAUACCGAGGAGCUGCGUCGGGCAGUGACGGAUGGCAGCACCCAAAACAUCCUGUAUGCUCGUGAUGCAGCACAGUUGGACUCUGCACAUACCGGUCUGGCAGACUUGCUCUGUGGUAUCGCCAGAAUACCAGACGUAGGUCCAGGUCCAGAGGCGUGUCCCGCUCAGUGCCCUCGGGGUGAGAGGGGAGAACGUGGCGAGAAGGGUGAGAGAGGCAGAGAUGGUUCAGAUGGACGCAAAGGAGAGCCUGGUCGUGAUGGUCUGCCUGGGAGGGAAGGCCCCAGAGGACCUGAAGGACGCCCAGGUCCACCAGGCCAGACUAUCCCUAUUGAGCGCCCAGGGGGGGUGAAAGGAGAAAAGGGGGAGAGAGGUUUUCCUGGCAUUGAUGGAAGUCCAGGGUUGCCGGGACGACCAGGUUCCCCUGGAAAUGCAGGGAUCCCGGGUCCACAGGGCCUGCCUGGUAUCAGGGGAGAUCCAGGUGAAUCAGGUGUGCCAGGGGCACAAGGACCAAAGGGCAGUCAAGGUGAAAGGGGUGAACCGGGCUCUGUAUCAGGAGGGGGUCUUCCGGGGAGGAAAGGAGAGCCGGGCCUCCCGGGAAUACCGGGUACUCCAGGUCGGCCAGGCAGCGAUGGAGCCAAAGGUGCCUCUGGGGUUCCAGGGAUAUCUGGUCAGGAUGGCCGCCCAGGUAUUCCAGGAACACCAGGACUCUCCAUCAAGGGAGAAAAGGGCAGCCCAGGAGACAGGGGACCUCCAGGAGUAGGCAGCGGGGUGGCCGUGAAGGGCGACAAGGGCUCCCCAGGUACUACAGGACCUCCAGGGGCUAUGGGUCCUAGAGGGCUAGCAGGACCACAAGGCAGUAAAGGAGACAAGGGUGAUGUUGGUGAUGGGGCGCCUGGACCUCCAGGCAGGCAAGGAGAGCCUGGGGACAGGGGUACCCGUGGGCCUCCAGGAGAAAUUGGUAGCAAGGGUGACCGAGGACAGCCAGGUGAGCCUGGAUCGCAGGGAGACAGGGGAGAGAGAGGACCGGCUGGUGAAACCGGGGAAAGAGGCGACCCUGGGAAGCUGGGCCUCGCAGGAACACCAGGGUUGAGAGGUUUACCAGGGCCCGCUGGAACGCCAGGAGAAAAGGGAAAUGAAGGUGCACGCGGGGAGCCCGGCAGAAGUACUCCAGGUUUUCCCGGGAAGAAAGGGGAGCAGGGGGACCGAGGCCAGACUGGUCCCGAGGGUCCAAGGGGAGAAAAAGGAGAGCCAGGACAGAGAGGAGAGAGAGGUCUUCCAGGGUUAGGAGGGUCGGCUGCCGGAUCUAAAGGAGAGCCGGGAGAGAGAGGACAGCCUGGUAUCAGUGGAAGGCCGGGUGCCAAGGGAGAUGCAGGUGACCCUGGAGAGAGGGGAGAGAAUGGGCGGCCAGGACUCCCAGGAAAGCCUGGCCUUCCUGGGAAAGCGGGAGAGAGAGGAGAGAAGGGUGAUGAAGGCACACCUGGGGAGUCUGGGCUUCCAGGGAAGGCAGGAGAAAGAGGACUAAGGGGACUACCCGGUCAGCCAGGACGAGCAGGAGAGAAAGGAGACACGGGAGACCCAGGAGAGCACGGGCGAAAUGGCAGCCCUGGACCCACAGGACCGAGAGGAGAGCAAGGAGAAGUGGGACCUCAAGGGCCUCCAGGACCACCAGGAAAAGUGUCUGACAUCACAGGCCAGCUGAGAGGAGACAGAGGAGAGAAGGGCGAUGCUGGCGACCCAGGAGAGCAUGGAGGCAAAGGUCAGAAAGGCGAAGCAGGGACUCCCGGAGCUGCAGGCCUGCGAGGUCCUGAGGGACAACGGGGACCUGCAGGCACAAGAGGUGACGCAGGGGAAAGAGGAGCGCCUGGAGAGAAGGGAGAAAGGGGAACAUCUGGGUUAGAUGGACGUCCUGGUCUGGAUGGUAAACCAGGUGCUGCUGGACCACCUGGACAGAGGGGUGAUCCUGGGAAACAGGGGGAUCCUGGAAGAGAUGGUUUACCAGGACUUAGAGGGGAGCAGGGCCCACCAGGACCUGUUGGGCCUCCAGGCAAUACAGGGAUACCUGGUAAAGCAGGUGAAGAUGGAAAACCCGGUGUUCCUGGCAAAAUGGGGGAGGAUGGUGUGCCAGGUGAAGAUGGGAGGAAGGGUGACAAAGGAGAAUCAGGAGCAGCGGGAAGAGAUGGCCGUGACGGGCAGAAAGGGGACCGGGGCCUUCCUGGGUCUGCGGGACCCACUGGACCUGCUGGGGCUCCUGGAGUACCUGGCAGCAUUGGUCCUCCUGGACAGGUGGUGUAUGUGAAAGGAGCUGAAGCAGCACCAAUCCCAGGCCCGCAGGGGCCUCCAGGAACCCCUGGUGUACCUGGGAUCCCUGGAGCUGUGGGAGCCAGAGGGGAUAGAGGUCUGCCUGGCCUCAAAGGUGAUGCUGGAGACCCAGGAGAGGAUGGGAUGCCAGGCAAACCUGGGACAGCAGUGGAUGUACAGAAGGCUCUGGCCGGCUUUGGCAUUCAGAUGUCUGAUCUGAAGGUGGUUGUGGACAGGAAGGACAUACUACUGAGUCCUCCAGUGCAGAGGGACGUAAAAGGUGACAAAGGGGACAGAGGUGAAACUGGACCGAGAGGACCAUCUGGUGCAGAUGGUUCCCGUGGCCUUCCAGGAGACAGAGGAGCGAAAGGGGAUCAAGGGGAGAGAGGACUCUCAGGAGCACCUGGACCUCCAGGUAGAGCCAUUGGAGAGCGAGGGCCAGAAGGACCACCAGGGCCCGCUGGAGAGCCGGGCAAACCAGGAAUACCGGGAGUUCCUGGGCGAGCUGGGGAACUAGGGGAGGCUGGAAGACCUGGAGAUAAGGGGGAGAGAGGAGAGAAAGGUGACAAAGGAGAUGCUGGAAAAAUUGGUCUAUCAGGAGCACCUGGCCCACCAGGUCAAAAGGGAGCAUCUGCUGACUCAGUGCUGGUUGGUUCGCCUGGGGUCAGAGGCCCUCCAGGACUUGCAGGACCAAAGGGAGAGCCUGGUGCUGCAGGACCACCGGGACCUCAAGGAGAACGGGGUUUUGUGGGAAGUCGAGGUGAUAAAGGAGACCGAGGACAGGCUGGAGAAAAAGGACGUGAUGGCUUGCAGGGAACAGCAGGAGAACCAGGAAAACCUGGUCAGGAUGGGAAACCGGGCUUGCCUGGGUUCCCAGGAGUUCUAGGCAGACCGGGAAACCCAGGAGAGCCUGGCAUAAGGGGGCCAACUGGCCCCAUGGGUCCCAACGGGUCUCCAGGUCCUGCAGGUGUGAAGGGUAAUCAAGGAGAGCCAGGUGUUGGUGUCCAGGGUCCUCCUGGAGCCCAAGGGAGCACAGGUCUGCCAGGACCACCAGGCCCCCCCGGAGCAGUAGGUCCACAGGGACCUUCAGGACUACCAGGGCAGGUGGGUGAAGCAGGUAAACCAGGAGUCCCUGGAAGAGAUGGGGUGCCGGGCAAAGAUGGGAUACCUGGGUUACCAGGAAAGCAGGGCAUUUCUGGACCUCCAGGCCAGAACGGCUUAAAGGGGGAGCAGGGAGACAGCGGUCCUCCAGGAAAGGCUGUGGCUGGACCCCCUGGACCCAAAGGGGAGAGGGGUCCAAAUGGUGUAACGCUGCCAGGCACAGCUGGGGAGAGAGGUCUACCUGGAGAAAAGGGUAACAGGGGAGACAAAGGUGUUCCUGGCAACAAAGGAGAGAGAGGAGUGGAUGGUGAGCCAGGAGAGCCCGGAGAAGAUGGGGCAAAAGGAUCUUCAGGGCCAAAAGGAGAUAAGGGAGAGAAGGGCAUAGGACAGGAGGGUCCUCCUGGCCGGGAUGGGCCUCUAGGUUUAAAGGGAGAUCCAGGCCUUCCUGGUCCAGCUGGUCCUCCAGGGCUACAGGGGAAGCCAGGUAACAGUGGGUUGCCUGGCCUGAGAGGAGAAAUUGGACAACCAGGACCUCCUGGACCACCUGGGGAGAGGGGUCUCCAAGGCUUUGGAGGCCGCGCGGGAAAUGCCGGGCCCCCUGGUCCUGCUGGACCUCCUGGACAGGCAGGCUCUCCUGGUACCAACGGGGUCAAAGGAGACAAGGGGGAAGUUGGCGUUGGACUCACUGGUCCCAGAGGAGAAAGAGGAGAACCAGGGCCGAGGGGAGAGGAGGGCCGUGCUGGCUUGGAUGGAGAGAGGGGGAUAACAGGUCCACCAGGGAUCCGAGGUAUUCGAGGAGAGAAGGGAGACAUUGGGCUGCAAGGUGACAAAGGAGAGAAGGGGGACACGGUGCUGGUGGGAGGACCUGCUGGAGAAAAGGGCAACAAAGGAGAAACAGGUGACAGGGGACCCAAAGGUGUUCAGGGAGAAAAAGGGACAAAGGGUCAAGAGGGCCCUCCAGGGGAGCAGGGUCUGAGGGGAGAGCCAGGAGAAAGAGGAUCCACUGGAUUCCCAGGUGCUCGUGGCCCUGGUGGACAGAAGGGAGAAGCCGGUCAACCUGGAGUACCUGGUGAAUCGGGUUUACCAGGGAAAGACGGGCUGACAGGACGUCAGGGGGACAAAGGGGAGUCUGGUAUCAUAGGACUGAGAGGAAUCAAGGGUGACCGAGGACCCAAGGGAGCUUGUGGAGGUGAUGGACCCAAAGGAGGGAAGGGGGAUGGUGGAAUUCAUGGACGUCCAGGCCUACCAGGAAGAAAAGGUGAACAGGGGGAAAUUGGACCCUCUGGUGCCCCAGGGACCCCCGGAAAAGAGGGACUAGUCGGUCCUAAGGGUGACCGUGGUUUUGAUGGGGUUGCAGGACCCAAAGGAGCUCAGGGAGAGAAAGGUGAAAGGGGUCCACCCGGCGUACCUGGUCCUCCUGGUCCCAGAGGAACCGAUGGAGCCCCUGGCCUGACUGGACCUCUGGGACCACCUGGUGCUAAAGGCCCAGAGGGGCUCCAGGGACAGAAGGGAGAGAGAGGUCCAAUAGGUCCCGCCAUGGUGGGUCCACGCGGUAUCCCAGGAAUCCCCGGGGAGCGAGGAGAACCGGGAGAGUUGGGGCCAGAUGGAGCCAAGGGAGAAAGAGGAGAGCCAGGCAUGACGGAGUUUGAGGUCAGAGAGUACGUUCGCACAGAGAUGAGUCAGCACUGUGCGUGUGGAGGUGAGUGAACCAUUCGACUGCAGCAGAAGAGAGAAGGUGGACAGAAGGGCUGUGAUGUAGCAUGAGUCACAACUAUACCACAUAUGCUGCUGCAGAGUCUGUAGGGAGAGCAGUCAGUCUCGUAUAUUAUAUAUUUUUAGAAUGCUUUAGGGCAUUUGCCCUCAUUAGGGCUACAGUUGGUAACUUUUAUGAAAAUAACUUUUUGUCAUUAUGUUGAACCUGUCACUUCAUCCACACAGUGUUAUACGACACAGGUAAUCUGUGAAAAAAUCAGGUUCCUCCACAUCCUCCUAUUGCCUCUGAUGACCAUUGCUAGAAUCUACCACGGUGCACCAAAAACAAC